AUGUCGGCCAACGUGCAGGAGCCUAAAUCAGGCCGCAAACGCAGCCACGAGGAAUUCUCCGGCGAUGAAGGCAGAGAAAACACCCCCAUAGACGACAAAAUGCCCUCACAGUGUCAUGUGCGUCCAUCGGGCGAUUCUCUCUUGCCGCCCGUCUCCAGCGACCUUCUAUGUUGCUCGCCCCGAGGCUCGCCUACUAUUCCGGAACCUGGGAGCAGCACCGCUGCCUGCAACUCGCCGACACCCGAAACGCCCCCAAAGGCCAACGGCUCGCAACCAGCUGGCACAGCACAAAGCUCAAACCCUCCUGUGAAGCGCAAGAAGCUGACCGCUGCGGAGAAGGAGGCGCGCGACAAAGAAGCCACUGAAAAGAAGGAGCAAAAGGAGCGCGAGGCUGCAGAAAAGAAAAAGGAUCGCGACGAAAAGGCGGCCAUCAAGGCUGCCGAAAAGGCUAAGCAAGAAGAGGAAAAGGUCGCACGCCAACAGGAAAGGGACGACAGGCGCAAGAAGAAGGAGGAAGAGGAAAAGCUAAAGGCAGAGCAGCGUGAGGAGAAGAAGAAGCUCAAGGAGGAUGAGGAGAGACGCGCUCAAGAAGAAAAGGAAAGAAAGGCUCGCGCUCAACCCAAGCUGAUGAGCUUCUUCAAAGCUCCUACGACGCCCAAGAAAGCUGCACCCACUGCCGCCACGAGUGUAAGCCCAGCAAAGGGCGUAACUGGCACGCCCGAUAGAAAGCCCACAGUUACGCCGUACGAGGCAAUGUUCAACCCCUUCUUCAUCAAAGAGCACACUCGAAUGGCUGCCAGCCCGUGCAGCAUGGACCAGGCGACGCGCGAACUCAAGUCAAAACUCCUGGACGAGUUCAUUGCAGGAGAGCGCAGGGCUGACGUUGCAUUUAACCCUAUGUCUCUAUUUACACUGCCUUGUGCAAGGAAACCCCGUGGGAAGGAGUACCCACCGGUGCGCCAUAUCAUGGAAGCGGUAUAUAAAGAGAUGGAGCGCUUAGGUACCACUGCUUCAGCAGACAUCCUCGAAGCUGCCAGAAAGAAGCUGGUCGGUAUUCCUGUCAAAGUGAUUUCCUUUUCGCGGGAUGUCCGGCCUCCAUAUUACGGCACUAUUACCCAUGCACCGUUCAUCCUGGGCCAGAAGAAUAUGAGGAAAGUCGCGCGUCAAUCGGCGAGCCGAUGCCUGCAACUGGAAUAUGAUGAUGAUUCAGAAGCCGAGUGGCAGGAAGAAGAAGGCGAGGACCUGGACGCCGACGACGACGAUGAGGAAAUGGACGACGAAGACGACUUGGACGGUUUUCUUGAUGAUUCUGAAGAGUCUGGACUGACUCGCCGCACGUUUGGGAACACCAUGGAACCCGAAACCACUGGGAUAUGCUUCGAAAAUGAGAACCGCAAGGCAUCCAGUCAAGCCGCCACAGAUAAUAAGAUGGAAAUGAUCCUGGACACUUUCUACCAAAACGCCACUAUAGACCCUUUUGCGACUUUGUAUUGGGAACCGGACCCCAAACCAGUCCCUGUCAAGGUGACUUUGACAGUUCAAGCCGAAAAAAUGCCACCGCCACCAACCCCCGCCAAUGCAUUUACUGGUCGCAGUGGCGGUAGUGCCGAAAGUUCACAGACAAGACUGGUCAAGGCCGAGCUCAUGAAUGACAUCAAGAAGGCCAUUUUGCAAAACAAGGCGCUCUCGAAAGCUGGCAUUAUUGAUUUUCUUUUUCAGAACUUCCGUGACAGCGUGUCCCGCGUGGAGGUAAAGAACACUUUGGAGCUUGUUGCUGAAAAGAAGGGGACUGGCAGGGUGAAGGAGUGGGAUCUGAAGCCCGGGCACGAAAUUUCUCUGUAG